AUGUCUUUAAAUAAUCACGAAUCAAAUAACAACGAAUUGAUAACAUAUUUUAAUGAUUUAAAAGCAAAUUUAGGAAAAAAUAAAGAAAACAUGUUAUAUAAACAAUUCAAUGAAAAAGAAAAAGCUGUUGAUGAUAUUAAGAAAAAAAAUGUAGAUAUAAAUAAAAUUGUUUCAAAUAUUGAAAUAACAAUUUAUACAUCCAUUUAUAAUAUUAAUGAAGAAACAGAAAAUGAAAUUGGAAAAAAUAUAGAAUUACUAAAUACUCAAGUACUUGAAAAGGUAAAAGCAAACGUAACCAAUUUGAAUGAAAUAAAGGAAAAAUUAAAAAAUUAUGAUUUUCAUGAUUUUGGGAAAGAGGAAAAUAUUAAAUAUCCUGAUGAAAUUAACAAAAUUAAAAAUGAUAUUGAUACCUUAGACCAAAAAAUCGAUAAAAGUAUAGAGACAUUGACGGAAAUAAAAAAAAAUUCAGAGAGCCAUGUUGACGAAAUAAAAGGGCAAAUAGAUAAAUUAAAAAAAGUAACAAAUAAAACAAUAUAUAACGAGGAUCCAAAGGAAAUUGAAAAAAAAAUAGAAAAUAUAGUAGCAAAAAUAGACAAAAAAAAAAAUAUAUAUAAGGCAAUAAAUAAAUUAUUAAAUGAAAUAUCAGAAAUAGAAAAUGAUAAAACUUCGUUAGAAAAAUUAAAAGAUAUAAAUUUAUCAUAUGGACAAAGUUUAGGAAACCUGUUUUUGGAACAAAUUGAUGAAGAAAGGAAAAAGGCUGAACAUACGAUAAAAGCAAUGGAAGCAUAUAUAGAUGAUCUUGAUAAUAUAAAAAAAGAAUCACAAAAAAUAGAAAAAGAAAUGAAGAUAAAAAUGGGCAUAAAUAAGGAAAUGGAAGCACUUAAAAUAUCACAUGAUGACGACAAAAAUUAUCACACUAUUAGUAAGAAUCAUGAAAAAAGUAUUUCUGAUAUCCAUAAAAAUUCUUUAAAAAUAAUACAAGAAUUUUCUAAGGAAUCAAAUAUAGAUGAUAUUAAAAAGGAGUUACAAAAAAAUGUUUUAGAAUCCCAAAAUAAUAAUACUGAUAUUAAUCAAUAUUUAAGAAAAGUUGAGAACAUAUAUAAUAUCUUAAAAUUAAAUAAAAUUAAAAAGAUUAUUGAUAAAGUAAAAGAAUAUACUAAUGAAAUUGAUAAAAAUAAUAAAAGCAUAAAUAAUGAAUUAAGUAAUUCAGAAAAAAUAAUUAAAAAAAUCGAAGAAAAUUCAAGUUUAAAAGAAUGUCAAUCGAAAAUAGAGUCAACCAUAGAUGAUAAAGAUAUUGAUGGGUGUAUAAAGAAUAUUACAGAUUUAAAAACUUAUAUUUUAAACGAAGAAAAUAACAUCAACACUUAUUUUAAAAAUGCCGAAGAGUAUAAUAAAAAUGUAUUAUUAAACUUUAAUAAUAUAGAAAUGGCGGAUACUAAAUCACAAUAUAUAUUAAACAUUAAAAAAAAUAAUGGCACUAAUAGCAAUGAUUAUAAUAUCAAUGAAUUGAAAGAACACAAGAAUAAGUCUAAUGGUUAUAAAGAUGAGGCUGAUAAAAAUACAAAAGCAAUCAAAAAAAAUAAGGAAUUAUUUGAAAAAUAUAAACAAGAUGUAACUGUGCUUUUAAAUAAAUAUUCUGCAUUAGCAUUAAAAAAUAAAUUUGAUAAAACAAAAACAGAUUCAGAACAAAUCAUAAAGGAAAUAAAAGAGACACACAAAAAUUGUAUAUCGCAAUCAGGCAAAUCUGAACAAAAAAUGAAUGAAAUAAAAAACGAACAAUUUCAUAUUGAAGAUGAAGUCGCUAACAAUGAUAAAUCUAAUAAAGCAAUAACAGAUAUUAAAAUAUCCGUAGAGCCAUUCGAAACAAAAUUCUUAAAAAUAAAUGAUAUAAGAAAAAAAUCAGAUGGUUGUUUAAAAGAGACCGAAAAUAUAGAGAAACAAAUAUCAAAUUUAUCUAUAGAUAGUCAAGAAACAAAACUAAAAGAGAACGGGGAUAAAUUAAAUACCCUUGAGAAACUUUUCGAAUCUCUCAAAAACCAAAAAAAAAAUAUUGAAGACCAAAAAAAAGAAUUAGAUGAAGUUAAUUCCAAAAUUGAAAAAAUAGAAAGCGAUGUAAACCAGCAUAAAAAAAAUUACGAGAUUGGAAUUGUAGAAAAAAUAAAUGAAAUCACCAAAGAAAAUAAAAACCAAAUUGAAUCAACAAAAGAAUUAAUAAAACCAACAAUAGAGAAUCUAAUAUCUUCUUUUAACACUAAUGAUUUAGAAGGUAUUGACACUAAUGAAAACUUGGAAAAAUAUAAUAAAGAAAUGAAUAACAUAUAUGAAGAAUAUAUUAAAUCAUACAAUCUAAUAACAGAUUAUUUAGAAACGGUUUCAAAAGAAUCCAUAACAUAUAAUCAAAUUAAAAAUACACGAAUCACCGCACAAAGUGAACUCUUAAAAAAUAUAGAAAAUGUAAAUAAAGCCAAAUCCUAUUUAGAUUAUAUAAAAGGAAAUGAAUUUGAUAGAAUAGUCACAUAUUUUAAAAACAAAUUAAAUACAGUGAAUGAUAAGUUUAAAAACGAAUAUUUAAAAGUUAACGAAGGGUUUGAUAAUAUUUCAAACUCUAUUAAUAAUGUUAAAAAUUCAACUGAUGAAAAUUCAUUAUUAGAUAUACUAAACCAAACAAAAGAAAUAUAUGCAAAUAUUGUCAGUAAAAAAUAUUAUAGUUAUAAAUAUGAGGCAGAAAACAUAUUUAGAAAUAUUUCUAAAUUAGCAAAUUCUUUAAAUAUUCAAAUAAAAAACAGCUCUGGGAUAGAUUUACUUGAAAACAUUAAUAUAGCUAUAUUACCUUACUUGGAUUCCCAAAAAGAAGAUACGCUAACCUUUAUUCCAUCUCCCCAAAACAUAUCAGAAACAUAUACAAAAAUAAACGAUUCUUACAAUAUUCUUCUUGAUAUAUUAAAAAAAAGUCAAGAAUUGCAUAAAAAAGAACAACAAGCAUUAAACCUUAUACUCGAAAACCGACGUUUAUAUGAAAAAGUCCAAGCAACCAAUGAGUUAAAAGACACAUUAAGUGAUUUAAAAAAUAAAAAAGAACAAAUAUUAAAUGAAGUUAAACUACUUUUGCAUAAAUCUAACGAAUUAAACAAAUUAUCAUGUAACUCUCAAAAUUAUGAUACCAUUUUAGAAUCGUCAAAGUAUGAUCAAAUCAAAGAAAAAAGCAAUAAUUAUAAACAGGAAAAAGAAAAACUUGGGAUAGAUUUUGAUGUAACAGCUAUGGAAGAAAAAUUUAAUAAUGAUAUUAAAGAUAUAGAAGAGUUAGAAAAUAAUUACAAUUCUUCAGAGGAAAAUAGUUACAAUUCUUCAGAGGAAAAUAAUUACAAUUCUUUAGAGGAAAAUAAUUACGAUUCUUCAGAGGAAAAUAAUAAUAUUUUACAAUCUAAAAAAAAACUAAAAGAACUAACUAACGCAUUUAAUACUGAAAUAAAAAAAAUUGAGGAUAAAAUAAUAGAAAAAAAUGAUUUAAUUAAUAAAUUAAUAGAAAUGAGAAAGGAAUGCCUACUUUUUACAUAUACAACAUUAGUUGAGACUCUUAAAAUCAAAAUAACUGAUUACUCAGAAUUUAUAACAUCUGCAACGAAAUUUUCAAAAGAAUUUUUAAAAUACAUUGAUGAUACUUCCAAUACUUUAAAUGAUGACAUAGACGCAUUGCAAAUAAAAUAUAAUUUAAAUCAAACAAACAAAUAUGUAAAAAGUAUGUUUGCAGAUGCAACUAAUGAUAAUAAUAAUUUAAUAGAAAAGGAAAAGGAAGCAACUAAGACAAUCAACAAUUUGACCGACCUAUUUACAAUAGAUUCAAAUAAUAUCGAUGCCGAUACAUUACACAAUAAUAAAAUACAAAUGCUUUAUUUCAAUUCUGAACUUCAUAAAUCAAUUGAAUCCAUAAAACAACUUUAUAAAAAAAUGCAUGUCUUUAAAUUAUUAAAUAUAGGUCACAUUAAUGAAAAAUAUUUUGAUAUAUCCAAACAAUUUGAUAAUAUUUUACAGCUGCAGGAAAAUCAAUUAACAGAAAAUUUAAAUAGUUUAAAGAAAAUUGGUCAAAACAUUUCUGAUAAAAAAGAUCAAUUCCUUCAUGCACUAAGUGAAACUCCAAUUCCCAACUUCAAUACACUUAAAGAGAUAUAUCAUGAUAUUGUUAAUUAUGAAAGUCAUAUAGAUGAAAUAAAAAAUAUUAGUAAUAAAGAAAACGAAAAUAUAAUCUUAUAUAUAGACACAAUUACCAAAUUAAAGGAAAAAGUCCAAAGCAUUUUAAAUUUUGUUACAACUUAUGAAAAUGAUAAUAAUAUAAUCAAACAACAUAUCCAAGACAAUGAUGAAGAUAAUGUAUCAAAAAUUAAAGAAACUUUAAAAACCACAAUUCAAUCAUUUCAGGAAAUUCUAAAUAAAAUAGAUGAAACCAAAGCUCAAUUUUAUGGUAAUAACAAUAUAAAUAAUAUUAUAUCUACCAUAUCACAAAAUGUAAAUGAUGUUAAAAAACAUCUUUCUAAGGAUUUAACUAUAGAAAACGAACUUAUCCAAAUACAAAAGAGUUUAGAAGAUAUUAAAAAUUCUACUUAUGAAAUCAGAAGCGAACAAAUAACCAAAUAUAUCAAUACUAUAAACAAUUAUGUUGAGCAACAAACUAAACACAUCCAAAAUAAUCCAAAUAAAGACGAAAUAGACGAUAUAAUACAAAAAAUCGUCAAUUAUAAUAAAGAAUCAGAAAUAAAAUUACCCACCAUUAUAGAUAAUAAAAAUAACGUUACAUCAAUAAUUUCUCAUAUUAACAAAGUAAUUGAUUUAAUAAAAUCGGAAUAUAAUAACAAUAAUAAUGUAUCAUAUAAUGUUGCCAAAAAACAUGAAGAAGAUGCCAAUAUCAUAAUUCGUGAUUUAGAUACGAGUCAAAACAUGGUUAAUAAUUUAAUACAGAAAAAUUUUAAAAUUAUAAACGAUUUAAAAAAUAGAAAACAGGAGAUGGAAAAUCGUAAUAAUUUACAUGCUAUUAAUAGGCAACAAGAAAUAACGCAAACAGAACAUAUUAACAAUACAUAUCAUCCUCAUAUUAAUCAUACAAACAAUAUAAAUAAAAAUCACCAAUACUCAAGCUCAGAUAGAAAAAACUCUUCCAAAACAAAAGAUACAGAAAAUUCGGUUAGAUAUGCCGGAGCAAUUACACUAGGUUUAGUAGCAUACUAUGUAAUUAUAAGAACAAAAGAAAAAAAGGAUAAAGAUGAAAUGGAAUUCGAUAAAUCUACAAGUUUUUAUGAUGAAAAUGAAAAUGACCUUUUUAAAAGAGAUGAUGAAAUUAUAGAAAUAUAUAUGAAUGAAGAUUUAUGA